CGAAAAAUAAACCUCGGGUGUCGGAAAUCAUCUUCGUAAGAAGUUUCCGAAUGCGCCUACUUUUGCUAGAUGUCCGAGUGUGCCUUCCCACUCACAGUGACACUGUAUGCAAUAUGGAGUUUGUACCAACGUGGCGACCGAUAUUACAGCACUCUAUUAUUGCCACAUUUUGAUUAAGUUUCGCUGGUCAUUUUCUUAGAGCACAACUAUCAGUCUCUAACGGAGAUGGAAGCAAGAAUAAAAUCAGCUUUGAGCAUAGUUGUUGAUGUUUGGGAUGGCAAAAAUGAAACAUAUUUUAUUGAUGCAUUCAAGGACAAAUUGGAGACAUUACGCGAGAAUUCGUCAAGAAAUCUUCGCGAGGAUUCGCCAAGAAAUCUUCGCGAGAGUUUUAUUAUCUUUCAAGACGGAGUUGAAAAACUAAAACAUUUGGAAGGGUGUGCUCUAAAGCAACCAUCGUCGUCAACACUGCAAAAAACAACAUCGUUAUCUCAAUCUAAACCGUUGUUUGAACUAGCUGGAGAGAGAGCGAAAAAAGCAUUGGAGGAUACGUCUUUAAGCAUCGAAGAUAAAAUAACAGCAAGCCAGAUUCGCAUAGCAAGCGCUAUUCUUCGACACUUGGAUAACUGUGAGUUAGCGACAAGAGAUUUGUUGCGAUGCCUGAAUGAAUUAAACUCAUCGGUUGUCGCGGAUGUAAAGGCCGAAUCUCAAAAUAACUUAGGAGACGAAAUCCUUGACAGUGUAUUACAUAUCAACGUCAAUUUGGCCGAUUUCAUAUUUAAGCACACUAACAAGAGAAUGUAUGUUAUGGAAUGGCCCUUGAUUCAAUAUGGUAAGCAGUUGAUUCAUCCUUUCUUUUUCAAGAACAUCAAUGAAAUUACUGCCACGUCACUACCUUGGUACACAACUGACCUUCGUAAGAAUAUUGAUUUCUUUAACAAGAAAAUGAUCGUAAACGGAGAAGGUGAAUUACUUGUUUUUGAUGGAAAUGAAUUGCAAAAGCUUGACAGCAAGAGCGAAAAGUUUCAAACAUGGUGUAAAGAACGUCUGAAUGUUGAAAAUAGACAAGUAAAAUGCAUGAACAUUGAUAAAAAUGGCGUGGUAUAUCUACUUUUGUAUCGUAAAGACCAUCCAAAUGGUUAAAGGAAUCAACGCAUACACUCAAGUCAUUUACACUCCUUUUGACAACACUAUCAAAGGUUUUUAUUUUAAAGAGGACAAAUCACAGCUUGUUAUUGAAACUUUUUCAAUUAAAACCAAAAAAAUUAAAAUAAAAUGGUCUGUAAUGCUGAUG